GCCAUUGACGUAUUACUAUUUUUGUGUUCUUCUAAAUUACGUCACUGUCCUUUCAAAUUAAAGAGUCUGCUUCUCGUCCUUUCAAAUUAAAGAAAAAUACAGCACUGGUGGAGAAAAUUUGCCUGACAAAGAAGAGAAAAGAUCACAAAUAAAAAAGAAAGGCCUGAGAGAGAGAGAGAGAGAGGCAGACCUCUGAUUCAAAGGAAUUGAAUUGGAAUGAAGGAAUCGUAUUCUUAUGGGUACUGAGUUAAUGCGAACUCGGUGGAAGGAAUAAAAAGACAUGGCGGAGGAAGCUGGUUCUACUGCGUCGUCGCCGAGGAACAGAGUGAAGUUCUUGUGUAGCUAUGGCGGAAACAUCUUGCCGAGAGCCGUUGAUGGCCACCUCAAGUACAUCGGCGGUGAGACACGUGUCAUUGCCAUUCCUCGCGACAUCACCUUCUCAGAGUUUACAAAGAAGCUUAGUGCAGAGUUCGAAGGAGACAUGGUCCUGAAGUACCAGGUUAUACCUGAAGAACUUGACGUUUUGGUGUCUGUAAAAAGUGACGAGGAUCUGAAGCAUAUGCUUGAUGAAUAUGACCGUCAUGAAAGCGCAGGAACUCCAAAGUUCCGGGCCUUCUUGUUCCCUUCAAAUCCUGCUGCAAUAGAAAAAACUACUCCCAUGGAUCCCUGUGCACCAGAACAACGUUAUCUGGAUUCUAUCAAUGGUAUGGUUCGUACAACUGCCAAUUUUAAACUUCCCCCUAUCAACGCAAACUGGUCCUCCUCCAGCGUCUCUGCUAGCUCCUCUCCGAAAUGUACUUCUCCAGAAGGCAACACUUUUGAUUCCGCGCCUCAUGAACCCACCUGUGUGAAUAACCAUCUUGUUAGUAGAAAGCUAUUGACUAGAGUCCAUAGCUCUCCAAGUCUAUGCAAUCUGAACUCCCCCCACCACCAAAGCAAUAACCUGAACAAUCAUCAUCUUUAUCAGCACCAUCACCAUUACUAUCCACACAACCAGCAACACCAUCCUCAUGGUCACCAACCUUCAAGACCACCUCAUGAACCUAACAGGCUAUCACCAUCAUCACUGGGACGACCUGAUUUUGGGAGAGCUCCUACUGGUAUUGGCCUCCAUCAAUACUACUUCAGUAGACACAAUUUUGGGGGUGGAAACUCCAGCAAAAAAGGGCACUAAGAUGAGAGCCCUUCUUAUGGGUUUAGGACAGCUGAUAGAUCAGGCAGUCUUCCCCAGAGCCCCGGUAAUAGAAUUGUGGAGUAGAGCAUCGACGAAACAUCAGGUUUGCUAUCACGACUUGCUGUUUUGAGCUCCAAGAUGAUGCAAAAUACAUUUUUUCUUUAUUUUCUAUUUUCUUUAUACAUCAAAUGUUAAAGACAGCACACAACUUUUGUUUCGGUGCCUGUAAUGGCUGUGCAACUGUUACUGUCUGAAAAAAUUCCAGAAAUCUUUUCAGGAAAUGAAGCUAUAGUUACACAUAAAGGGAUGUUCUGUGGUACAUUUCAAAGUAACACAGAGGAACUUGUGAUUUCUGCUGUAAACCAGAGGAGCUGGAUAAGUUUAGCUCAUAUACGUUGCUAUAAUGCAACUGGAGUAAUUUAAAUUAUUUCAUAUUGUUUAUUUUUUUUCAUUCAACCAUUAGAGUAGAAGAUAUGUAAUACCUUCGUUGCAUAUUAAUCAAACUUGUAUAGUUUGUAUAGUUCAUUGGGUUGACCAGAUAAAAUUAUAAUUUAAAGUGAAUUGAUUUUAAUAUUGA